AUGUCCAGCAGUCAAGAUACAACAAAUUCAGUUGAAAAGAAAUUGAAAAUGAAUCUACGUAAGGCCAAAACAAGUAUCCCGAUUAACCCGAAGAUUUUACAUUUGCCUUGUGAGUGGGAAGAAUGUCAAUUUAUUACAGAAGACAUGGAAGAUUUCAUUAAGCACAUUUCAGAGCAUCUCUCCUCGUUGAUUAGCAACGUCACCCCACCAGAACAAGUUCUUGGCUGUUUCAAUUGCAAAUGGCAAAACUGUGACGUGGCAGUGAUUGGUCACAUUUCUGAUUUCACUCGACAUGCAAUUUAUGACAAUCCUGAGUUUUUUUAUCGUCACGUCAGUUUUCAUGCAGACACAUUUCAAAAUGGUAAUAAUUUGAAAGGCGGUUGCGAUUGUCUAUGGGAAGGUUGUGAUGUGAAUGUGAAAAGUAAGCAUAAACUCAGGGAACAUUUACGAAGUCACACUCAACAGAAAUUGGUGGCUUGCCCAAAUUGUGGAGGGCUUUUUGCAAAUCGUACAAAAUUCUUUGACCAUCUGGAAAGACAAACUGAUACCCAAUGGUUCCAAUGUUCUCAUUGCAAUAAAAAAUUUCAAACUGAACGAUUACUCAGGGAUCAUAUUCGCAUCCAUGUGAAUUCCUAUAAGUGUCCUUUAUGUGAGAUGACUUGCCCCAAUCCACAUGGCUUGAGGAAUCACCUUUUAUACAAACACACAACUGAACGACAUUUUGCUUGUCCAGAAUGUGAAUACAGGACUAAAACCCAGGCUACUCUUCAGCGCCACAUGGAAACCCAUUCUGAGAAUGUCUUCAUGUGCCAUGAAAAAGGCUGCGGCUUUGUUUCACGUUUAUAUCAAUGUUUGGCUGCUCAUUAUCAGAAAAUUCACCAAGGCAUUGAUACACGUCGAUACGCCUGCCAUGUUUGUAACCAACGUUUCAUAAGGGGGAACUUUCUCACAAAACAUUUGCAGACAAGUCACAAUUAUAAAUGGCCAUCUGGUUAUUCAAGAUUCAGAUACAUAAUGCAUUCCGAUGGUUUUUUGCGUUUGCAAACGGUGCGCUAUGAAAGUGUUAACCUGAUCGAGCAGGUUAUCGACACUAAUGCAAUGAGUGCAACCAAUUCUAGAAGUCCAGAAACCUCUGGAAAUGCUGAACAAGCUCCUGACAAUGUGGGAGCAUCUGAAAAUGCAGCUACAGCUGCAGCAACAAACAGCGGAGUGGGUGGAGGAGAAGAAGAAGUGAGCAUCACUUAUAAUUUGGAAAUGUUGGGAGACGUGGCUCUAUUGAACCCUAACAAGUUGGGGGUUGCAGAAAAUACUGAACAGGUUGGUGCUGCCAGUGCUGAAGAGGCUGACCAGGGUGACGAGUGCCUUGAAGAGGAAGUUGCUCAGAAUCCACAUUCUCUUGACACAAUGGAUCCUUCAACUCCUGCUACAACUGAAAUUUCGGAUCCAAACUCUAUGGAUGUUGAAAUUGCUGCUGAAGAAAAUUCGUUUGUUUCUGAUAAUGAAGAAGACCAAGAAGCAUCUCCUGAUGAUAACCAUUCCAAUUUAUUUGGGAUUUAUUCAGAAAUAUCUUCUGAUUGUCUGAAUUCUGUGUAG